AUGCCAAGUAUUGCAGAGGACCAGCGAUUCAGAAGCAACAAAGACAGAAUCAAGAACAAAAAUGAUCUUACUGAAUUACUUUCUAAAAGGUUUUUGGAAGAGGAUCUGAAGUAUUGGGAGAGAACAGUCACCGACGAUUCGUUAACGAGUGCACCAGUAAACAAUCUGCAAGAAGCUUUCGAACAUCCGCAGGUAAAGCAUUUGAAUCUCGUGCAAGAGAUGUACCAUCGAGAAAUGGGACCAAUGCGAGUAAUUGGUCCGGUGGUUCAGUAUAGCGAGGCAGUAAAUCGUAUUCGUAGCCCGCCACCGGUCCUCGGCGAACAUACCAGGGAGGUAUUGCAGUCAGAAUUGGCAAUCGAGAAUGAAGAGUUGGAAAAACUGAAGAAACUUCGAGUUAUUCAAUAUUGA